AUGAGGGCCCAGACUUCAGGGCUGUGCCAACAUAAGAUGUCGAUUGGUCUGCAAAACUAUAUGCUCGCCGUCUUCUACAGCCUCCACCAGCUCCUGGCUCCCUUCAUGGACGGUGGCCUCCUGAACUACGUGUUCAUUAAGUCUCAGAGCGUCAACUCAUCAACUGUCAUACAAUUGAGCCCACAGUUGGAGUCAGGUGGCAGUGACCUUGUCAAACUGUUGCUUCAAGUCCUCAGUGACCUCCUCACACAACCUAACAUCUCAAACGAGGUGUUGGAAGUUAUUCCAGAAGCCCUGGGUGGUGGUCCAAAAGCAGUGGAGGCAUCCAAGACCAGUCAGUCUUCGCGAAAGUUCGUAUGGCUGAUAAUGGCUUGGUGUCUGUGCAGCCUGGUACCAUUGCUACUUGCCAGCUUUACCAUCUAUUUGGCUUUUAGAUUGCACUGGCGUUGCAAAGGAAAGAUCAGCAUGACAAAUCGA